AUAUACAUCAACAACGUAGAAAAUUUCAGAGUCAAUGUCAUGUCUUGAAGGGUAAAUAUGGGACCCAUCCAACAGCUCAUGUGGUGUGGACGCAACUAAUAAUAAUUCUUAAAAUAUGUAAUUCAACUCACUUUAUCUAAGUUCUCACUUUUUUCACUUUCUGUUUCUAUCAUAUUCCAAUUUUUUAUACACUCUUUCUAUGGAGUUUCACGCGGGUUUCCACACAUAUUUCUUUGACUUCACGUAACACUUCCUCUUUAAAUUUCCAUCUUUCAUUUAUUCAUUUUCUAAGCUUCAAAUUUCAAUUACUUGUUACAUAUUCUCCUUAGUGAUUAGAAUAUGAAGUGUUUCUUCUUCAAACAAAAAUCUAAAUCAGACCCAGAUUUAAACCGUAAAAAGAAGAAAAAUCAUGCAAAAAAAUCCAUCAGUGCGCAUUCAUCACCAAGAAGCAUAAAAGAAUUGUACAAAGAGAAAGAACACAAUUUCAGAGUUUUUACUCUUCAAGAGCUUGUAGAUGCAACAAAUGGUUUUAAUAAGGUGUUGAAGAUUGGAGAAGGAGGUUUUGGGAAAGUAUAUAGAGGAACAAUUACUCCUGAAAAUGGAAUAGGUAACCCAAUUGUGGUUGCCAUAAAAAAACUCAAUACUCGUGGAUUUCAGGGUCAUAAAGAAUGGCUUGCAGAAGUUCAAUUUCUAGGAAUUGUGAAUCACCCGAAUUUGGUUAAGCUUUUGGGAUAUUGUUCUGUAGAUGGUGAAAGUAUCCAACGGUUGUUAGUGUAUGAGUUUAUGCCUAAUAGGAGUUUAGAAGAUCAUCUUUUCAGUCGUUCUUUACCUACUUUGCCUUGGAAAAUAAGAUUGCAAAUCAUGCUUGGUGCUGCUCAAGGAUUACAGUAUUUACAUGAGGGUUUGGAGAUUCAGGUGAUCUACAGAGAUUUCAAAUCAUCAAAUGUGCUGUUGGACAAGAAAUUCCAUCCCAAACUCUCAGAUUUUGGUCUUGCUAGGGAGGGCCCAACAGGUGACCAAACUCAUGUCUCUACUGCGGUAGUUGGGACAAGGGGUUAUGCAGCACCAGAGUAUAUUGAAACAGGUCAUUUAAAAUCAAAGAGUGACAUUUGGAGUUUUGGUGUGGUACUAUAUGAGAUUCUCACAGGAAGAAGAACAAUUGAAAGAACCCUUCCAAAAGUGGAACAAAAGCUUAUAGAAUGGGUUAAAAACUACCCUGCUGACAGUAGCAGAUUCAGCUUAAUAAUAGACCCUCGACUCAGGAAGCAAUAUUCUCUUGAUGCAGCUAGGAAAAUUGCCAAGUUGGCAGAUAGUUGCUUGAAGAAGAAUGCUGAAGAUAGGCCAUCAAUGAGUCAGAUUGUGGAAAGUUUGAAACAAGCUUUGCAAUGUUCAUAAACAUAAACACUACGUUGAAUUCUCAAUUAUCUCGACUUAAGAUGAUUAAGAAUGUUGGAUUAAUUAAUUUAAUUAAUCAUUGAUUGGUUCGAAGAUAAAUUAAUGAGGUUUCAAGGUAAACAAGAGCAUAUGGAUGAGUUAUCUAAAUCCAUAUGCCCAACCAUGUACAUAUCUGUUUGAGUAUUUGAUUCACAAAUAACAUCCUUAAAUCUUAUGAGCAAUAACAAAAAGCUUAAGCAUGAGGUUUAUGGUAAUUAAUUA